AUGGCGAAUCCUGGUCCUCCGGGACCAACGCUUGAGGACCAGCUUCGAGGCAUGAUCCUAAGCAAUAUCACCAUCUCUGGCGACCAGGCUCCAGGACCUCACCAUGUUCCGCAUGGCCAGCAGGGACGAUAUUCGGCACAAACACUUCAUCAGCCAAGGCCCGCGCAUCCUCAACUCCCAGUCCAGAACCGACAACAAGGGCCUCCGCACAACUAUCACAACGGCUACGUUCCCAAAAACUCAUCGCAAACCCAAAAUGCAUAUGCCCGAAACCAGAACCAGAGCAGGUUCUACGGUCAGCAGCAGCAUUUCGAGGGCAGAGUUACCCACCAGGUCAAUAACCAACAAGCAUCGAGGGCACCACAGCAGCACACCACAAAGCACCCAGGUACCGGAACUCAUCCUGCAGGUCCGCCACUUAGCAACACCCCCACACAGCCAAAGACGCCGCAGCGACGGACCGCGAAACCUCCAGUAACCGCGGGUCAUCCUGCACCUCCACCGUCUAGCAACGCUCCGCCUGGGCUUAGGCCGCAGGUUCUGCAGCGGCCCCUUGUGGCUCCAGUGGGUAACGCAGCAACACCAAGUGCUCAAACACCUCAAGUCCUACGCCCGCCUCAAGCGGGUCCCAGACCGCCACAGACACCUCGACCCGACGUGCUCCAGGCUCAAUGUACCUACCUCGAUCGACUCGUGACACUUGAAGUUCCUCGCGCCGAGAUGACGUUAGCGGAGAAGGAAGAGAAACAGGCAUUCAGAUCCCGCAUUGAAGCAAUCUGCCAAGGCGCUGUAAGCGAAGCUGUUCCGGAUAAUACGCCUCACAUCUCUCUGCAAAGCUUCGGCAGCCUCGGAUCAGGUCUCGCAACCCACGGUUCCGAUGUUGACCUUGGAGCCACGCUGCUUGCGACGCCUUCUGACCCAUCAAGCCAGAUCUUACCUGUGCCCCGUUGGCUCCCACGUCUCAUGGAGCAGGCGCUGUUGCAGCACGGCUAUGGCGCUCACCUGCUCACCCAAACCAGGGUGCCCAUCCUAAAGGUCUGUGAGAAACCGUCGCCGGAGCUGUAUGCUGCACUAUGCGAGGAGCGUCAAAAAUGGGAAGUCCUACCAGACGAGGAGAAGUACCCUGACCCAGUGAAGGUCAAUCAGAAGAGGAACGAGGAUAUUGCGAAAGCAGAGGCCGCGAAAGCUGCUGCGGAUAGGGCUGCAGCAGAGAAGGCCAAGCCACUCUUCAACGAGGGCGACUUCCCAAGUCUUGGAGCGCAAAACGCCGCAGCCAAGCCGGUACAGGCCUCAAAGAAGCCUAGCAAAAGCUCAUCUGACACAGCGCAGAACGUCAAGAUCGCAUCGCAGUCCCCAAAGCUGAGUAGUAGCGAUACCGUAAACGACGGACCAGUCAAUGUAGCCGCACCAGAGCCAGCCGCGAACAGCGAUCCACCCAACGCCACAACAGAUUCACAUCCCCCUCAAAACUCACCCCCAACGGACGGUCCCAAACCAGGUACUAAACCGCUCCGGCCACCCCGCCCCGAAAGGACCUGGCUCCGCGAAAAGCCGCUCGGCCCGCUCGACUUCCCCAAAACCGGAUGCGGGAUCCAAUCCGACAUCAACUUCUCGAACCCGCUCGGGGUGCACAACACGCGCCUGCUGCGGUGCUACCUCGCCUGCGACGCGCGCGUGAAACCCUUCAUCCUCUUCAUCAAGCUCUGGGCCUCAUCGCGCAAGAUAAACUCGGCGCGCAACGGCACGCUCUGCUCGUACGGCUACGCGCUGCUCGCGCUGCACUACCUCAUGAACGUCGCGCGGCCGGCCGUGGUGCCCAAUCUGCAGAACAUGCAGCUCGCGCUGUUCACGGUGAGGGGUGUGCAUGCCAAUCUCACGAAUCGGGUCGUGGCGGGCCAUGUGGUCGCGUUCUGGGAUGAUGAGGAGGCGCUCGCGAAGCUGGCGGCGAGCGGGCAGGGGAGCGUGAACGGAGAGUCUGUCGGGUCGCUGCUGCGCGGGUUUUUUGGGUACUAUGCCACCACCUCCGGCGGCUUCCAUUGGAUGGAGGACGUACUCUCUCUACGCACAGCGCCCGGGGGCCUGCUGAGCAAGCGGGCGAAAGAGUGGACGGGCGCCAGGACGCAGCUGAUGGAGGAUGGGUUGGAAGUCCGGCAGAGGUUUCUGCUGGCAAUCGAGGAUCCCUUUGAGUGGAGCCAUAAUGUGGGACGGACGGUGACGCAUAGGGGGAUUGUGGCGAUUAGGGACGAGUUCAGGCGCGCGUGGAGGAUCUUGCAGGGGCUGUGGAAAGGAGAAGACGCGCUGGUCGAGGGCCUGCUGGAUCCGGUUAAGGAGGAGGUGAGGGUGGUCGGCCUGGAGACGGAAAACGAGAAGGGAUCUGAGGAGAAGGGCGCGGACAGGGGAGCGGACAAGGGCGAAGAGGCGCGAACGGACGAAUCGAGCGAGGGGAAUGUUGGAACGACUCUGGCGGAUGAACCAGCUGUCGCGCCCAAGGACCCAGUACCCGAACCAGCUACGGCACCCGUACCAGAACCCGCCUCAGAACCGGUAUCAGAGGCCCACGGAACCUGA